GAUCUCCUUACAUUUUCCAGCUUACUGUUUUCAGUGAGUAGGACAGAGGGGGAAAACAUCUAGGAUUACCACUAGUCUAACAGGGUGAAGACAGUAUCCCAGAUAGAACAAUGUCAAAAUUAGUGGAGUGUGUCCCCAAUUUUUCUGAAGGCAACAACAAAGAGGUGAUAGAUGAGAUUGCCAAGGCAAUCUCUCAGACCGAAGGUUGCAUACUUCUGGAUGUGGAUGCAGGUCCUUCCACCAAUCGGACAGUUUACACCUUUGUGGGGAGUCCUCAAGACAUCAUUGAGGGUGCACUGAAUGCUGCCAGAACAGCUUUUCAACUCAUUGACAUGGCAAGACAUAAAGGUGAGCACCCCCGGAUGGGAGCUCUGGAUGUCUGCCCAUUUGUCCCAGUGAUGAAUGUCACUAUGGAAGAAUGUAUUCGCUGUGCUAAUCUCUUUGGAAAACGUCUAGCAGAUGAAUUGUGUGUGCCAGUGUAUCUCUAUGGUGAAGCUGCUGUGAAGGAGAGUCGGAGAUCAUUGCCAGCCAUCCGAGCAGGAGAGUAUGAGGCCCUACCUGAGAAACUCUACAAAGUGGAAUGGUCUCCUGAUUUUGGCCCUGCAACCUUUGUUCCAAGGUGGGGCGCAACAGUGACAGGUGCACGGAAAUUCCUCAUAGCAUAUAACAUCAAUUUGCUGUGCACAAAGGAACUGGCACACCGGAUUGCCCUGAACAUUCGAGAGCAGGGCCGUGGCAAAGACCAGCCUGGGCGGUUGAAGCAGGUGCAAGGCAUGGGCUGGUACUUGGAUGAAGAAAAUAUUGCUCAAGUCUCUACCAAUCUGUUGGACUUUGAAACCACUUCCCUUCAUGUGGUCUAUGAGGAGGUCUGCAGUGAUGCCAAGGAACUCAAUCUGCCUGUGGUGGGAUCUCAGCUAGUGGGUCUGAUCCCUAAAAAAGCCAUGUUGGACGCUGCAGAAUUUUAUAUUAAGAAAGACAAUCUCUUCAUUCUUGAAGAAGAUCAUAAAAUCAGACUGGUAAUCAACCGAUUGGGAUUGGACUCUUUGUCUCCAUUCAAUCCAAAGGAGCGCAUAAUUGAGUACAUGAUGCAGGACAGCAAAGAGAGCAGCAGCCUGGUGUCUUUGCCUCUCCACUUUUUUGUGCAGAAAGUUGGAGCAAGGUCAGCGGCUCCUGGAGGAGGAUCAGUCUCAGCAGCCAUGGCUUCUUUGGGUGCAGCAUUGGGCUGCAUGGUGGGACAGAUGACAUAUGGGAAGCGUCAGUUUGAAGACCUGGACCCUGUUAUGAGAAAGCUAAUACCACCAUUCCACCAGGCCAUGAAGGAGCUGGUAGUCAUGGUGGACACUGACUCUUCGGCUUUCAGUGGCUACAUGGAUGCUAUGAAGCUCCCUAAGACAACACCUGAGGAGAAAGAAAGGCGCACAACAGCCAUGCAGCUGGGCCUGAAAAAAGCAGUUGGCGUCCCCUUCUCACUAGCAGAAAAAGUUCAUUCCUUGUGGCCUUUCUUAAGAGAAAUGGCUCAGCAUGGAAAUGUAGCCUGCAAAUCAGAUAUUCAGGUGGCAGCUAAAGCUUUAGAAGCUGGAGUGUUUGGUGCCUAUUUCAAUGUUGUCACCAACCUGAAAGAUAUAACAGAUGAAGACUUUAAGAAACAGGCCAUCCAGGAUUUGAGGAAUACUAGUAAAUCAAUGAAGCCAUUUGGAGUGAUUGCCUACCCACUUUUUCCACUUGCAGAAACCAUACAACAAACUUUAUUUAACACAUCUGAAAUUCCAGGGAUGUUACAGCUCUUCCUAAAUCUAGGUGCAGGAGAAACUCUCUCACUUCCUGGAGGAAGCCAAGAAAAGUUCAGCAUUCGUGCUAGAACAACUGGAGAAACGGACAAUGUGAAAGACUCUUUGUAAUGACAACUGUUUUUUUCUGAGCAUGUGCAAUCCUGAUAUGUAAUAUUAUCAGGCUGCAUGGUGAUAACACAAAGUGCAUUUGUAUUGCUCAGGACCAAUGCAUCCUUGGUUAUCUGUCUUUUCUAAAACUGUAGGAAUUCAUUUGCAAAUAUGGGGUUCACUGUACUGCAGAGUACCAGAUGCUAAUUCUGACGCCCUGGCAAGUUAGUGCUAAGGGAUUAACUUCUGAAUUUGAUCAUCACCGUGCAUUUAUUCUGACCACUGAAGUAACAAGAAUAAAGAAGCAUGUGUGGCCUCCCCCACCCCAGUUUGCUUCACAACUUUCUAUGGAAAAUUUAAGAUCUAACCCAAGAGGUUAGCUGGGGCUCAUACACUUUCAGAUAAAUUCAGCAUGCUUGUAAGAGGGAAAAUAUACAUACAGCUCAAUGUAUGAUGGAGUAAUUUGAAUGCCAGGCAUAUCUGAAAUCCCUUAUUUUAAAAUGGAAAUAAGUAAUUUUAAGUAUUCUGUCUUCUAAGAAAUAAUGGCUAUAAAAACUAUGUCUAUGCCUUUCUACCUUGUUAUGUGGUAGCCCUAAACCACAAGGUUACAGAAUUUGUGAAUUGUACCAAUUAUCUUAAUGGCU